AUGCUACUGGCAAGCGGUGCUUCGAUACCGACCAUCGCCGGUACCGUCGAGGAGGAGGAAGAAUAUGCACGUAGCGAAGCGAACAGCGCACACUACGAUGGCUAUGUUACCGAUCAUACCGAUCUUGCUUCCGAAAUCGAUAUUGACGAAUCCGAAUACAGACGAGAACUUCUCAACGAUUUUGAUCCCGAGGGUUUUGGCGAGAUACCGGUGGAGGAUUUUUUAGCGGCUUUGAAGAGUGCCGAGUGGAAAGCUGAGAUCCCGCCGAACAAACGAGAUAUUCUCCUUACCAGGGCAAAAGAAUCGCGUGUUCAGGCGGUGACGUUCCAGGACUUCGUCAAUGUG